AGCCGCGAGGAGGAGGAGGAGAAGAAGGCAGAGCGAGGGAGAGCUCAGCUGCCUGCCUGCCUCUGCCUCUCUGGCCUCUCUGGCCUCGGGCGUGCGUGCAGACCGAGCGCAGAGACGGUCAGUCUCUUCUCUGCCUUGUUCUGCUCUUUCGUGGCCUCCAGCAGCAGCAGGAACGAAGGAAGGGAAGGGAUCUCAAGGGACAAACAUUCCUUCCCUCUCUUGGAGAAGCAGACAGACCGGGAUCCACUAAUGCGUAUGCGAGAGACAGAGACAGAGAGAGAUGAUAGCAUAGCAUACCAGCAACAGCAUCAGCAGCAGCAGGAGCAGAGCGGACAAUGAGGAAAAGCAGCAUGUUUAUCGAAAUCUGAACUGGAGGAAGGGCCGGGCACUGCUGGGAUUGAUGCAAGGCAGACGAACAGGCGGGCGGGCGGGCAGGGUUUGUCGUGGUUGUUUGUUGACGAUGGUGAUGAUGUAGAAGGCUUGAUGUUGGAAAAUUCUUAGGGAGUACGAGCUCAUCGGUGUCCGGCUGGCUGGGCAGAGAGGGAGUGAGAGUGAGAUAGAGAGAGAGGAGUGCUUGUGAGGAGGGGAAAGGGAAGAGGAGGGAAGUGGAAUUGAACGAUUGUAUGAAUGCGGGUGAGAACCGGCGAGGAAGCUGUGGUCAGGCUGGACUUAACGGAGAACGCUGCGAAGAGGAGGUGUUUAGAAAAGGAAGCUACGCCUGGCGUUCAGGCCAUGGCGCAGCGUAAUAAGAAAUAUGAUCGUCAACUGCGAAUAUGGGGAGAGCAAGGACAAGAAGCCUUGGAGAAGGCAAAUAUUUGUGUGCUCAAUGUUGGACCGACUGGUGCAGAAGCGCUGAAGAAUUUGGUUCUCGGAGGAAUUGGAUCGUUUACGAUUGUCGAUGGUUCCGACAUUCAGGCGUCCGAUUUGGGGAACAAUUUUCUGAUUGAAUGGGACAGUGUUGGAAGACGCAAGGCGUCAGCUGUUUGCUCCGUACUACACGAGAUGAAUGAGUCCGUUGAAGCCAAGUUCGUUGAAGAGUCACCCGAGGCACUCAUUGAGAGCAAUCCUAGCUUCUUCGGACAGUUCACUCUAGUGAUCGCGACACAGAUGUCGGAGUUUGCCCUUGUGAAGCUUGACCAGAUAUGCAGGCGCUACGAUGUGCUUCUUCUUGUCGCCCGCUCGUAUGGUUUGUUCGGCCAUGUUCGUAUCAGUGUUAAGGAACAUGUAGUCAUUGAAGCCAAGCCCGACAACAAGGUGGAGGAUCUAAGGUUCCAUAAACCAUGGCCAGAACUCAGACGGCUGGUUGAGGAAUUUGAUAUCGAUACCAAAGAUCCUGUCAUUCACAAACACAUACCAUUCGGAGUUCUUCUGAUCAAAAUACUCGACGAUUGGAAAGCUGAGCAUGGAGGUCAGAUGCCAUCCAGCUUGAGAGAGUUGAAGGCCGCAAUAACCUCAAGGAGGCGAUCAGAUGACGAAGAUAAUUACAAGGAGGCCCUGAAGGCCGCUUAUUUGGUUACUUCACCUCCCGUGCUAAAACCUGAAUUGCUUGCUGCCCUGAACGAUAGAUGUGCGGAACUCGACUCGCUUUCUUCUGAAUUCUGGAUUAUGGUUGCAGCGUUGAAGCAAUUUUUGGAGAACGAGGGUCAAGGGGAACCACCUCUAGACGGAUCUGUUCCUGAUAUGCACUCAUUCACAGAAUAUUACAUACGCGUACAAAAAGUUUACCAAGCUCGAGCUGAAGCGGAUGCCGCUGCCGUUGAAGAGAGGGUCAGAUCUAUAUUGAAGCAGAUAGGCAGGGAUCCAAAUGCAAUUUCAAAGACAACAAUAAAACACUUCUGCAAAAACGCUCGAAAUUUGCGCGUAUAUCGCUACCCCAAGAUUUCAGAAGAAUGCAGUUCUCGGGCUGGUACAGAGUUCCAAAAGUUGCUGGCAGCAGAGGACAACAGUAAUGCCGCUCUAUAUGUUCUACUUCGAGCAGUAGACCGGUUUGCUGCAACUUACAAAAGAUAUCCUGGUGUUUUUGAUUCGGAGAUUGAAGAUGAUAUUUGUCAGUUGAAGUCCACCGCAGCUGAUGUGCUCAAUGACAUUGGUAGUUCUGGGGCUAGCAUUCCGGACGACCUUGUUAGUGAAAUUUGCCGAUUUGGAGCAGCAGAGUUGCACUGUGUAGCAGCAGUUGUUGGUGGAAUCGCCGCUCAGGAGAGUAUCAAGUUAUUAACAGGACAAUUCAUGCCUCUUAGUGGGCCCUUAAUCUACAAUGCUAUUAGUGCAACCUCCACGGUCUUCAAUUGUUGAGAAGUUAGUCAUUCUGCAAACAAUUCUGCAUCAGACGCUGCAAAAAGAGUGGAGUUGUCCGCCCAAUUGAUAUUGCUCCUCGUGGCAGAUUUUCGAAUUCGGCGAACUGUGGGGUAUGAGCAGAUUUGGGUAAUUUAAGCGGCUAGUUCACAGUUAUUAGAGAAUACUUUGACCCGAUUCGAAGGCUUUUUUCGUUCGUCAAGAAGGGUUAUGUACAUUCUGGUCUUUGAGCGAUUAGGGCUCUAUUUUAAAGACUAGCGACUUUCGUGUCAAGGAGAUAUCAUGGCCAUGUUUGAACUGUCAGCUGUCUCUCUUGACACCCCUGUUCAGUUGUACUCCAGGAAUGAAGAAGUUGCAAGCAAAACUCCAAAACCCCGUAUCAAGAGUG